CGGUUCUGUCGUUGAUUACGUCGGUAGUGUUGAAGCGGUGAGGCCACCGUAAAGGCCGUAUUUAAACCAACAGGUGUUUGUUCGUUCGACUUUUGGGACGUAUCAGUUCUCUAUUAUUUUUUUCUUCUUCUUUCUUCUUUGACCUUUCCUUUUCGACUUUUCUCGUGAAUCUUUUUGAGUCGUUCUAUCAAAGGAACUUUUCUUUAGCAAGGAAUCCGAUCACAAGGCGCGUUGUUGAUCGAAAUAAACGGAAGGUGAAACACGCGCGAUAAGCGGCGUAACAUGAUGUCGGAGACCGUAGUGACCGUGGACAAUUCCAGCAACAACACGAGUAACAAUCCACGACAGGUGCCUACUGUAAAGACGGAACCAGGUCAACCUAGCCCUCUGGCUGGCAUAAGGCUCAAUGUGCCCUAUUUUAGAACUAUACCUGGUAUCAUAAAACUCGUACAAUUGGGUCUUGGAAUAAUAUGUAUGGCAUGUGUUUCGCCGGCAUUAGUGGGUGCAUCCCAUUGGUUUCUAUUCGUUGCAACGACAUCUUUUAUUGCUACACUUUUGUGGUGUUUCGUUUAUCUUCUCUCGAUACGGGAAGCACUUAAGAUUCCCAUCAAUUGGAUAUUAACGUAUAUUAAUUUUUUAGGAGCUGUUAAAUACAUCGGUGGAAGCGGUACUUUAUAUGAUCGCUUUUAUCGCUCAGCUUUCCCGUUGGAGUUCAGUAUCUAAUGCUCCAUAUAUUGCUUCGAAUAUCGCUGGUGGUGUAUUUGGUAUUCUAAAUACUCUGGCAUAUGCCGCAGGUGCUUACUUCCUUUAUAUAGAAUGGAAAAGUAAUAAUUCGCAAUGAAAUGAAAGAACGAUAUUCAAAGAAGACAAGCCAGGUACCUGAAGAGCAUGUACAGCGACAGUGUUAUACUAUAAAGUCGGGCUCGUAAACUUCUAAAUGUUCGUCCAAAAACGAAACAAAUAAAGCACUGCACUGUCCAGGAUCGUUCGUACUCAGCAGGAAUCUACAGCUGAGAAGAAGGAAAGGGUCAAAGCUAGUCCUACAAGACCCAUUCAUCUCUCCACCGAUCGUUUGUGUAGCUUAAAAGAGACUUUUCUAUCUAUACGUGCCUUUUGAAAAAAUGAAAAAGAAAAAAAAAAAAAAGAAAAAAGAAGAAAUAAAACACAUUAUUGCUUUUCCUUUCGCACCUGCGAUCGUCGAGGGAUUCCUUUUUCUACCGUCCAGAUACCGAAUAUAUUAAUAUCAAACGUGACUACAAUUCAAUAUACACAAAUUAUAUUAUCUCCAACAACAUUAAUAAUAAUAAUAAUAAUAAUAAUAAUAAUAAUAAUAAUAAUAAUAAUAAUAAUAUAAUAAUAAUAUUGAUAAUAAUAAUAAUAAUAAUAAUAAUAAUAAUAAUAAUAAUAAUAAUAAUAAUAAUAUUAACACGCUACAUGAAUCAUAAAAUCAUGAUCUAUUUUUGAAAAAAAUCUGGUUAUAUUUUAAUGUGCAGUGAAAAUUUUCUAAUUUCGUAUUUCGAAGCGUUAGAUAAUAAAUUUUAAUAUUUAGUGAUCAUUAUAAUAAUUCAUCUUCGACGAUCAGAAGUACGAGAAACAGCGUAUUAUUUUAUAAAAAAGAUGAUGAUCUACUUUUUUUUUUACAAUCGUUUAAGUGCUAUUAUUAUUUUACAUAAGAAUUACACAUCGAUUAUUUGGAGUGUUGUUAUAGACGAAGUCCAUGUUGGAUAGAUCGUCAACAAAAAUGAUUUGUGUGUUAAAAUUGAAAGAACAAUAUGGUCACGUUUUUUAUACAAAACAUCUUUCUUCUCUCUCUCUCUCUCUCUUUCUCUCUCUCUCUCUCUCUCUCUCUCUCUUUUUCUCUCUCUCUCUCUCUCUCUCUCUCUCUUUCUUUAUUUUUAUAGUUCUACUGCAAUAUUUCUUGUUCAUCGAUAUUAUACAAACGCAAAAAACUUCAUUUUCAAGUUGUAGCAUUUUUUUCAAUAUAUAUAUAUAUAUAUAUUGAAAAAAAUGUUACAUUAUACAUAUAUAUUUAUGAUAGUAUUAUAUGCAUACAUACACACACUUACGUACACAUACUUACAUAUAUAUGUAUAUAAAAUUAUAUAGAUGUAUAUGUAUAGAUAACGGUAUGUUUUCAUGCACAGAACAAAUUUAUUAUAGUUAUUCUUGUUUUUUUCUUUUCAAUCGUAAUUAACGAAUAUUUUGCAUUCAAUAAGUAAACCGCUCAAGCUUCUUUUUUUUUAUUUUUUUUAUUUUUUUUUUUAUUUUUACGAUCGAUUGUAGCGUAUCCUUGGGAAAGUCAAAUCAAAUGUCGAUGAUAUAAUCAAAUAUCUAUGUACAAGAAUUAUGUGUACUAACGUUAAAUAAUAAUAUUGUCGAUAUUUAUUAAUAUUUCCCGUGUUAUAUACUAAAGAUAAUAUUUGUUUGAAUAGAUUAAUAUAUCGUUUUUUUUGUUUUACAAUUAAUAUAAAUUCAAACGAAGUAUGUACAUUGUAUGUGAAACAUAUAAAUGGUGGUUUAAUAUUACAUUAUA